AAACACUUCAAAAAAAUAAUUAAAGGAAGGGAAAGAAGAAAGCGAAUAAACUUUGCAGUAAGAGAAGAAAAUUCGAGUCUUCAACAACUCAACAGUUCACAUCGAAUCUCCAAAAUUGACCAAAAAAACUUACCGGAAAGUUCAACGGAAUUCACGAUUCCGAUAACUGACCUCUAGAAAUGGCGAUUUCGACCUUAGCUAGACGAAAGGCUACAACGUUUCUGUCAUCCAGAUUCCUCUACAGCAGUUCCAAGUAUUCGUUCUCUUUAACCAGAGGUUUCGCUUCAGGAUCCGAUGAAAACGACGUCGUUGUUAUCGGUGGUGGUCCCGGCGGCUAUGUGGCGGCGAUCAAAGCAGCACAGCUUGGGCUUAAAACUACUUGUAUCGAAAAACGUGGUACUCUCGGUGGUACUUGCCUUAAUGUUGGUUGUAUUCCUUCUAAGGCACUUCUUCAUUCGUCCCACAUGUUUCAUGAAGCGCAACAUUCAUUUGCCAAUCAUGGUGUGAAGUUUUCUUCUGUCGAAGUUGAUCUCCCUGCCAUGAUGGGACAAAAAGAUAAAGCCGUGUCUAACUUAACACGAGGUAUUGAGGGUCUAUUCAAGAAGAACAAAGUAAACUAUGUUAAGGGAUAUGGUAAAUUCCUGUCCCCUUCUGAAAUUUCUGUUGACACUGUCGAAGGUGGUAGCUCUGUUGUCAAAGGCAAAAAUAUUAUUAUUGCAACUGGCUCUGAUGUCAAAGGUCUACCUGGCAUAACCAUUGAUGAGAAGAAAAUUGUGUCAUCCACUGGAGCAUUAGCUUUGACUGAAAUUCCAAAAAGAUUAGUUGUUAUUGGUGCUGGCUAUAUAGGCCUUGAGAUGGGAUCUGUCUGGGGUCGCCUCGGCUCAGAGGUGACUGUUGUUGAAUUUGCAGCUGAUAUUGUUCCAACCAUGGAUGGUGAAGUUCGCAAGCAAUUUCAACGUGUUCUUGAGAAGCAAAAGAUGAAAUUCAUGCUAAAUACUAAGGUGGUGUCAGUUGAUGCUACAGGUGAUGGUGUGAAGUUGACCCUUGAACCUUCAUCCGGUGGUGAUCAAGCCAUUCUCGAGGCUGAUGUUGUUCUCGUCUCUGCUGGAAGAGUUCCAUUUACUUCAGGACUUGGAUUGGACAAGAUAGGAGUUGAAACUGAUAAGGCUGGCAGAAUCUUGGUCAAUGAACGUUUUGCCACUAAUGUCCCGGGGGUACAUGCUAUUGGUGAUGUCAUUCCUGGACCAAUGUUGGCUCACAAGGCAGAGGAGGAUGGCGUUGCUUGUGUAGAGUUUAUUGCAGGCAAGGAGGGUCAUGUAGACUAUGAUAUGGUACCCGGUGUUGUUUACACCCACCCGGAGGUGGCUUAUGUUGGGAAAACCGAGGAACAGGUAAAGUCGCUAGGAGUUGAUUAUCGUGUUGGCAAAUUUCCUCUCCUAGCAAACAGUAGAGCCAAGGCAAUUGAUGAUGCUGAGGGAAUUGUCAAGGUAAUUGCUGAGAAAGAGAGCGAUAAGAUACUGGGCGUCCAUAUCAUGUCACCUAAUGCAGGGGAGCUUAUUCACGAAGCUGUACUGGCAUUGCAGUACGGAGCAUCAAGUGAGGACAUUGCUCGUACUUGCCAUGCACAUCCAACAAUGAGUGAGGCACUCAAAGAAGCAGCCAUGGCCACUUACGACAAGCCCAUUCACAUGUAGGCCUGUGUUAUAUCGUCGAUAUUCUUGUUUUUCGUUUUCCGUUGAGAAUCUUGAACGCUUAGAAUAGGCUUUUUGUUGCUGCCGUUACUCAAGCAGCCACUUUUCCCCUUUAUGUGGGACUCCAAAUACAUCAUAUGAAUGUUCAUCUUCUGCAUUUUUGCAUAAUAAAGAUGAUAUGUAACCUAAUGCCAGUACUGUCCAUGUUUGAAAGCAUCAACUGCCUAGCACUAACAUGGUGCUAGACAUUACUAAGC